AUGAAGCAACGCCUUGCUUGGAGUUCAGGCUUUGUGGUGAGACUGUGCAUCUGUCAACUGGGGUCCCGAGCUGCCGAUAAUCCAUUAGGAAAUAUGAAUAUUUCUCUUUUCAACGUGACCCAGGGCGCGCUUUUUAAUGGGAGCCAGACCCUUGCCGGAGCUCUGGAUACAUUCUCAAGUAACAGCACAGACAGCGUGGUGACCGGGGACGGAGGAGGGUCGCUGGUGCUGCUGCAAGAUGAGCGCAAACUCUUCGUCAUGCGUAUCGUGCAGAUCGCGGUGCUGUGCGUCUUGUCGCUCACUGUCAUGUUUGGUAUAUUUUUCCUGGGUUGCAACCUAAUGAUCAAAUCCGAGAGCAUGAUUAACUUCCUGGUGAAGGAGCGGAGACCCUCCAAAGAUGUGGAAACGGUCAUGAUUGGGCUCAGCUAG